AUGAAACAUAUCCUCUGUGAGAAACAUAUCCUCUGUGAGAAACAUAUCCUCUGUGUGAAACAUAUCCUCUGUGUGAAACAUAUCCUCUGUGUGAAACAUAUCCUCUGUGUGAAACAUAUCCUCUGUGUGAAACAUAUCCUCUGUGUGAAACAUAUCCUCUGUGUGAAACAUAUCCUCUGUGUGAAACAUAUCCUCUGUGUGAAACAUAUCCUCUGUGUGAAACAUAUCCUCUGUGUGAAACAUAUCCUCUGUGUGAAACAUAUCCUCUGUGUGAAACAUAUCCUCUGUGUGAAACAUAUCCUCUGUGUGAAACAUAUCCUCUGUGUGAAACAUAUCCUCUGUGUGAAACAUAUCCUCUGUGUGAAACAUAUCCUCUGUGUGAAACAUAUCCUCUGUGUGAAACAUAUCCUCUGUGUGAAACAUAUCCUCUGUGUGAAAAACAUAUCCUCUGUGAGAAACAUAUCCUCUGUGUGA